AUGGAAGAGAAGAAAAGAAGAGGCUUCGAGAUUCCACUUGACAUUGUAGAAGAGAUUCUGGUGAAGGUGCCGGUUAAAUCGCUGGUGAGACUCAAAGCCGUGUCGAGAGAAUGGAGAGGAACCAUAGAGUCAGAGUCUUUCGUAGAGAAACACAAGAGGUAUCAGAAAUCUCUACAAGCGAAAAUCGUCACAGUAAAGAAGAUCCACAUAGAUAGGAGAACAGUUCGCAGUAGUCUAGAGAUUCUGUCGUUCGUGCCUACCAAUGGAAUCGUAGAAACUUGUCCAUAUCGAAUCUUCAGGUGGCGUUUUACAUGUUCCGUAAUCGCCGAGCCUUGCGACGGUUUGCUUUGUAUCCACAAGAGCUGUCGUAGAAUUACGCUUGUUAAUCCUGCCACCAAUAGCCUUCGCAGACUCCCUGAUCCCACCCCUACUGUCGCUGAAGGUACCUAA